AUAGGAGGCUCCCUCCUCCCAGCCCCACUCCCGGAGCCGGCCAGCCGCCCGCCCCGGGUGUCUGCCCGCCCUGCGGCCGGGGUGCCAGCCCGAGGAGUAGUUUCAUUUCCUGCUGGCCCGACAGUGGUUUCCAGGCCCGCCCUCGGGCGCCCGCGGCCCGGGAAGGGGCGCAGGAGGAGGCGGGAGACUCGGCCAGGGGCUGCCCGGCCCCGCAGCGUGGGGUUGAUGGACCGGGCCGCCCCGGGCAGCGGCGCCAGCUCCCUGCCACUGCUCCUGGCCCUCGCCCUGGGUCUAGUGAUCCUCCACUGUGUUGUGGCAGAUGGGAAUUCAACCAGAAGUCCUGAAAAGGAUGGCCUUCUCUGUGGAGCUCCCGGGGAAAACUGUGCAGCUACCACCACGCAGUCGAGGCGGAGAGGCCACUUCUCCCGGUGCCCCAAGCAAUACAAGCACUACUGCAUCAAAGGGAGAUGUCGCUUCGUGGUGGAUGAGCAGACGCCCUCCUGCGUCUGUGAUGAAGGCUACACUGGGGCGAGAUGUGAGAGAGUUGACCUGUUUUACCUCAGAGGAGACAGAGGGCAGAUUUUGGUGAUUUGUUUGAUAGUCGUUAUGGUGAUUUUUAUCGUCUUGGUGAUCGGGGUCUGCACAUGCUGUCACCCUCUUCGGAAGCGUCGUAAAAGAAAGAAGAAAGAAGAAGAAAUGGAAAAUCUUGGUAAAGACAUAACUCCAAUAAGUGAAGAGAUUCAAGAAACUAGUAUUCCUUAAUGGCCUUGAAGUUCUCUCCGGGCUGGAGGCAAACUGCAAAAUGCCUUGCUUAUUUGAAAAUGGACAGAAUGUGUCUCAGGAAAACAGUCAGGAGAAAUGAAUUUUAAAUAAAGUAUUUACUUUUUGUUUGUAAUA